AUGCCCGCAGAUAUUCUUGAUCCCUCUGCUAUUAUAUCGUCGCUACCAACCCUUCUUCCUCCCAAUAGCAAGUCUCUUACCUCGCCCCAGGAUGCUAUAGCCGCUCUUCUUCACAGUGCUCUGACUGCAUUGGCAUUUCGCUUGAUUGCUGUCGACGAAUCUUCCACGGGUGCAAAUCUUUCUUCUAGUGUUUUGCCUGAUCACUGGAACAAAUCUGGUCCGGGAAACUAUACUCUCAAGUAUAGACACGAUCAGAGCAGUCUCGAGUUCGUGGUCAAGCUCUCCAAGCUUGGAACGCGAACCUUAAUUAACGCCAUCGCCCUUGAGAGUGAUCGAGUAGCCACUCUUGAUAUAUGCACUAACGACUUCACAUCUCCUUCAUUUUAUCCCUAUAAUCUCGACGCCCCUGACGCAUCACCUCUGGUCCAUGGAUACAUCUCAUCUAACCGAGUGGCUGACCUCUUGUCUCAGUUGAAGCUUAAGAUUAUUCAGAAGUUAGUACCUGGCUUGCAGAAAGAAGGCUAUACAGAAGAAACAGAUUCAUCUGCAGGCUCUUCUUCGAGCGCCAAUCCUCCAUCCCGGGAUCCUACUGCUCCUCGACCUCGUCCUGAAUCACCACCUGAUGCACCAGGCCGUUAUCCAUAUUAUCCUCAAUCGGCCAUCCCUCGAAAUCCCCUGGAAAUAGGCAGAAGAGACUUGGAUCCUUUCCCAGCAAAUCCAUUUGCUCCCCCCUCCUUGUUUCCUCAGCAUGGAGGUGAUGGUAUGUUUGUAGGUCCGGAGCACCCCAUCUUUGGCAUAGGUAGGGGAGACAACUCACCUCUCAGAGGACCCUGGGGCGGUGAUGGAUAUCUUCCUCCGAUGGGCGCCCCUCCAGGCGCUCGAUUCGAUCCCGUUGGUCCUGGUUUCCCUAAUAGAGGACCGGGUCCAUUUGGUGGACCUUUUUCCGGUAGUGGGAGAGGGAGACGCCCAGAAAAUCCUGACAAUGACGAGUUUAUGCCUCCCGGGAUGGUAAGUUCCAAGUUCAUUGACAUUAUUACUUUCUCCACGACGCUCAUUGGGUUCCAGGGAGACAUGUUCAUGUAA